ACGGUAGGCACACCCAAGCCAACAAUUUUGCUUCUUCCUUAAAUUUUUGAUUGUCCAACCAAAACCCCCUUUUUCACUUUCCCUUUUUUUUUUUUUUCUGUAAAUUCAAACUUCAAACAACAAUCUUCCAUUCUCUUUCUCUAAGCAUCGUGGAGGAGCACUAACCCAUUUUCCCAAGAAUCAUUCAGCUCUCUGAAUCCUAUUGUUCGCCGCAGUUCUUGGGGAUUAUCAUUUCUUUUGUGGGUAUUUUUGGUAGAUUAUUCCUUUCUUCAUUCUUUCUAUUUAUAGCAUGUUUCACAUUAAUUAAUUAAUUAAUAAUUAUAAUUACUACAUGGGUUCUACACUUCUACUUGUGUAUUAUUUAAAUGGGGAAACAAAAUCUAAACCCCAGUUGUUGUUAUUUAUAUGCUUGGAUCGUUGAUAAGUAUUAAGAUGAAUUGGGUUUUGGGUUGUUUGGCGUUUAUUUUGUUUAUUUUUUGUGGGUUGGAUCAUUUAUGAUGUUGGGUUCUUGUUGGAUUAAAAGAUUAUGCCAUUAAUUUUGAUCAUUUAAACAUUGAAGAAUUUAUGGAGCUUGAUUAAUGACGUCAUUAGUUGUUUGGAUUCUGACUUGAUUGUGGUAAUAGAUGAUACCUAAUUGUUUAAGCAGCUUGCCUAGGUGAAAUAAUGGAUGUUGAGGGUUUUCAAUAUUUGGGCGGUUGGGCCUUUUUAUUUGGGGGUAAGGACGGAGAAUCCCUUAAAGCAAGGGGAGGGGUACUUGAUCCUUUUGAUCGGGUGAAAAUUAGGGUUUUAGUUAAAUUUUUGUAAAAUAGUUUAUGGUAAAGGGUACUUUGAACAGCCUCAAUUUAAAAGUGAAGUUCACUGGAUGGGUUUAUGUAAUGGUAAGAAAAUUGUCUUGUUUUAAGGAACAUAUCCACAAGAAAUCCUCAACCUGUUCUCCCUUUUAGGUAGCUAUCGAGUUUAGUUUCUAAACACAAAAUAAAGAUAAUAGAGGUGUCCAUUCGGAUCAUCGGGUUGAUUUCGGAUUAGUUCACAAUCGGGUCUUAUGUCGACAUUGGUUUUUACAUAAUUUUAAAUUCAUUUUGAAGUCGAGUAAGAUUUAAGUUCGGUUACAAGGCUGGGUAAGGUAAAUGUCAGGUUGUCGAGUCUGUUUUGAAAACCUUGUAAGCUAUGUUACUCAGACUUUUCAUCUUGCUUCACGUACCUGUGUCUGAUCUUUGAUGCUCGGACAUUGGUAUGACACUUAAGACACUUCAUUUUAGGCGUAAAAUUGAAUAUUUAGACUUAUCCAACACUUGGAGACGUAUCAGUAUCCUACAUCAGUAUCUGUGUCCAAGUAACUAGCUUGAAGUAGGAUAUUUUAGGCAGUUGGGUGACAUAGAAUUUUGAUACAUAACUAUAUUUGUGAAAUGUGUAACCAAACAGUAUAAUGAUGAAUUAAACUCCAUCCCAAAUAGUCUAACAAACCCUCCAUUUAAUGCUAAUCUUAAGAUUGGAAAUCUAAAGGGUCUAUUUUGUGAAAUUUUGUCAAGGUCAGCGUGAUAUCUCAUGUAAAUUUCUAAGAGUUUUUGCAUAAGUCGAGUGCUUAGAAGCAGGUGUGUGAUCAGAGAGCUUCCUUAGCGUGGACUUGACCGCUACAACUUUGCAAUUUUUUAGUUUUUCUAUGAAACUUGUUGUGUAAUACUAUGCUCAUGGAAGUACCUGAAGAAUUGUUGCAACUUUGAGUAUUGGUUAGAUGAGUCACAAACCUAAAAGUUAAGCAACCUAGGAUUCACUCUUGCAUAAACUAAAAUUAAAAUUAUUUUUUUACAAGUACUUGUCAACCUGUAAAUACAAUUCAAGAGUCCCACAAAAGAACAAUGUUUAGAUCUCUUGUAUGAAAAGUUAGAUGCGGAUGAAUAUGGUGGUCUGUACUUUGUAGAAUGUGAAUAACAAUUAAUUUAGAAAUAAAAUGCUAUAUUUAGUAUCUUUUAAGGAUUCAAAGAAGUUCAAUAUAAAUGGAUGGAUGGUGGACUUGGAGCCUUGUGGGUCUUGAUUUGUGAUUGAUUUCUGGUUUCAACAUUAAAAUGGUUAUGGAAUCAAUAAUUAAUGUAUCAUUAGUGGGAAUCACACUGGGUUACUGGCAGAGAUCAAGAUUAGGAAAGAAAUUGUUUUCAGAGUUUUGCAUUACUAUCAAGUCUCGACCGAGUCUACUUAGGCUCAUUUACACCAUAUUGGUCUGGGAUGGCAUAGAUUAGUGAAGAUUGGAUAUGCUGUCAAACGUCCCAAAGGUUUUACCCAAAAGUGGCUCAUGAACUUGACAUCGGGCUUAUCGAGGUGUUUCACUGCUGGAAUUGUUCCUUUUAGAGGUGCCAAUGUUUCCAAUUGAUGAUACAUUUUGUCAAGUUCUUCACAUUUUCUUUUCUUUUUUCGUUUUUUCUUUUCUUAUUUUCUAACAUUGGGCUUUCAAUUCCCCCCUACCCAUUUUCUUGCUGCUUUGACUUAUGGGUCUGAUUGAAUAAUAGCUCUAGAAAUACAAAAUAGGAGCCCUUAAUUUCUGAUUCUGUUCGAGCAUGAUGUCCUACCCAGUUAUUCUGGAGUUUUUAAUGAUAUUAUUCAUCUUUGAGCUGCUUUGUCUACCGAUGCCUUCUUUCUUGCUCGUUUUCUUUAUUUAUUGAUUGCAUUGUCAUAAUUUCUAUUAUCCUUACAUGAUCAUCAUCGAUGGAAUUUGGUAAAACUUGAGAUUUCAGGGAUAUGCCCAGCUUUGUCGAGCUAGUUAAGCAUGAGACGGAUGUCAGACCUGUUACGACAGAAGACAGCGAAUAUGCAACCCUCGUGACAUCUGAUCCAUCUAAGAGGCCUGAAGCUGUGGCCUUACAUUCUCAGACUGAAGUCAGGUCCAAAUCCUCCAUCUGGUGGAUCAAAGCUUUGAUAUUGUGCAGUAUUUGUGUAGCAUUCAUUCUACUAUUAUUAAAAUGGGGAAUUCCAUUUCUUUUUGAGAAGGUUCUUCUUCCAAUGAUGCAAUGGGAAGCCACUGCUUUUGGCCGUCCCGUUCUUGCAUUGGUGCUCGUUGCUUCUCUGGCAUUCUUCCCUGUAGUUUUGAUCCCCUCCGGACCCUCCAUGUGGCUUGCAGGCAUGAUCUUUGGUUAUGGGCUAGGUUUUGUGAUAAUCAUGGCCGGAACAACUAUUGGGAUGGUUCUUCCGUAUUUAAUUGGAUUGUUGUUCCGUGAUAGAAUACAUCAAUGGCUGAAAAGAUGGCCUGAAAAAGCUGCCAUGCUCAGACUGGCUGCUGAAGGAAGUUGGUUUCAUCAGUUUCGCGUUGUAGCUAUCUUUAGGGUUUCUCCAUUCCCAUAUACUAUUUUUAACUACGCAAUUGUGGUCACAAGUAUGAGAUUUUGGCCGUAUCUAUGGGGGUCCGUAGCUGGAAUGGUACCCGAAGCUUUUAUAUACAUUUACAGUGGCCGAUUGUUAAGGACAUUUGCUGACGUGAAAUACGGGAAUCAUCAUCUAACGUGGGUGGAGAUCGUGUACAAUAUAAUCUCGUUCAUUAUUGCUAUAGUCACAACAGUCGCCUUCACUAUAUAUGCAAAAAGAGCCUUAGAUGAAAUUAAGAAGGCGGAUGCUAAGGUGGACAGUGAAGAAACUGAUCUAAAUAAUGAUUUCCGGAUACAAAUGGAAACUCUUCCGCUGGAGAGACCCAGACAUCAAGGUGUCCGUUUAUAGUGUAGGACAAGACAAGAUAGGUUUAGGCUGUAAAUAAGGUCGAUAGGUAUGAGUAACGUAUGUUUCUGGUAUCAGAGGGUGGUAAUUGGUUGUACAUUAUAGAACAUGUAUCGUCAUGAUUUCAUAAAUCCACAUUCCGUUCACGGAAGAAUGCUUUUCAGCAAACUCUCAUGAGGAUGACUCGAGUGUCUUUUGCGAGAUGCAAAAGGGGAUUAUGUUUUACUAACACGAUAUAAAAUUUUGGAUUUUUUCUGUAAUCUGCUUGUAGUUUUUCGACUCUCCUUUUCUCCUA